AGAAAGUGCCAGAACCAGAACAGCAAACCCCUAAGCACCCACCCCACCCCACCCCACCCAACCCAAAGAGAUCUGAUCUCUCUCCCUCUCUCUCUACCUGAUUCUUCCCGCAAAACCUAAAAUUUAUUUUUAGAGGAAAAGCUUUGGUGUUGGUUGUACUUGUGGUGAUACUUUUAAGGCGUUGUUUACAGUAGUUGUGCUUUGUGUUAUGAUCUGAAGAUGGGAGCUGAAGCAGAGGUGGUAGUUCCAGUUCAAGUGGGCAUAAAAUCUCCAGAAUCUUCUGUUCUGCAAUUUGUUCCUAGCAUCCGUUCUGGUAGUUUUGCAGACAUUGGGCCACGAAGGUACAUGGAAGAUGAGCAUGUCACGAUAGAUGAUUUGUCCAUGCACUUGGGGUCGCUCUUCAGAUUUCCUAACCCGAGUGCCUUCUUUGGGGUAUUUGAUGGUCAUGGAGGACCUGAGGCGGCGGCUUAUAUUAGAAAACAUGUGAUCAAAUUCUUUUUUGAAGAUGCCAAUUUCCCACAGAUGUCCGAAGUUAAUGAUGCAUUUCUGGAAGAGGUUGAGGACUCACUACGAAGGGCAUUUCUUCUGGCUGACCUUGCUUUGGCUGAUGAAUACAACGUGAGCAGUUCUUCUGGAACAACUGCAUUGGCGGCUCUAAUACUAGGAAGGCUUCUAAUGGUGGCUAAUGCUGGAGAUUGUCGAGCAGUUCUUUGCCGGAAAGGAGAGGCAAUUGAUCUGUCUCAAGAUCAUAGACCAAAUUAUGCAGCAGAAAAAAGACGUGUUGAGGAAUUGGGUGGGUUUGUUGAGGAUGGUUAUCUCAAUGGUGUUCUGUCUGUAUCGCGGGCCUUGGGGGACUGGGACAUGAAGUUGCCUAGGGGCUCUGCAUCGCCUCUCAUUGCAGAGCCAGAACUCCAGCAGAUUGUGCUCACUGAGGAUGACGAGUUCCUCGUAAUGGGGUGUGAUGGGAUCUGGGAUGUCAUGUCGAGUCAGCAAGCAGUUGGCCUUGUGCACCGUGGACUGCGGCGGCAUGGAGAUCCAGAGCAGUGUGCCAGAGACCUUGUCAUGGAGGCUUUGCGGCUCAACACAUUUGAUAACCUCACUGUUAUUGUUGUUUGUUUAAGUUCCCUUGAUCACCGGGAGCCAUCUCCACCUCGCCAACGAAGAUUGAAGUGCUGCAGUCUAUCAGCCGAGGCCUUCUGUAGUUUGAGGAGUUUGUUGAACAGUAGUGGUAGCCCCUGAACGUAUAACUGAUUUUCCAGAGAACAGACGUCCUCUGAUUUGGAAUUGAGGGGGUUUAUGCUGUUUUUGGCUGCUUCAGUUGAAUAAUAAUAGAAAAAGCAGCCAACAGUUUUGUUAGGGGUGGGCCUUGGUGUGAUGUACAUAGUAAUUGGUAGGUGGAUGGUGGAUGGUGGUGUAAGGAUGGAUCCCAGAUUAUUGUUGUAUUUUCAAAUCAUUACGAAUUGUGUUUGUUAAUGGUCAAGGCUGAUGGCUAUGCGGUGUGGCCUAUUUAAACUUGUCAUUUUGUUUAAUUCCUGUAUAAGUAAAACUUGUCAUUUUGUUGACUUCCUUGCCAUUUCUUCCCUUGUUUUCCUAUUUUCGCAUUUGUUAGUCAAAAAAAGUA